AUGGGGGACAUCCUGGCCAGUGAAGCAGAUCUUCUUGGAAUAAUCAAGGAGUAUCUGAAGUUUUGUGAGUUUGAAGAAACCGUGAAACAAUUUGAUAAGGAAUGCAAGAGCAAAGGGAAACCUGUACCAAAAUGUCAGGACAAUCUCCAGAGAGACUCUAAAUCUAUAAUCAUUCAGGACUUAAUCAGCUCUUUUGAAGAUGGAGAUUUUAAAGUCUUCUUUGAGCUCUGGAAAGAACAUGUUCCCUCAGAGGCUCGUGACUACGACCCCGUCGCCCAGAAACUGGAGUUUUACCUUCAUAUACAUUUUACCAUCUACCCUCUGAAGAACUCUCUGAGCAGAGAAGACAGAUCCGAUUUUGAUGAACGGAUUUCCCACUUCAAGCAUUACCUGGAGACACGAGGGGCCACUCUCAGCCAGACCACAGAAUUCCUUCCAUAUUAUGCCCUUCCUUUUGUACCCAAUCCUAUGGUCCACCCGUCCUUUCGGGAUCUAUUCCAGGAUUCCUGGCUUUCAGAAUUGAAGACAAAGCUUGAACAGUUUUUGUCCACGAUGCUAAAAGUCUCCGAUACUCCCAGACUGCUGACUUUAUAUAGUGAUGGGUGCAAAAGCAACAAAGAGGCCAUCCAGCAAAUGCAGCUCCAGCUGACAGAGGCAGAAAGGAGAGCAGCCAGCUACAUGCGAAAGUUCAGUAAGAUUCAGGCGGACUACCACAACCUGAUCGGAGUCACGGCCGAACUGGUAGAUUCACUAGAGGCCACUGUCAGCGGGAAAAUGAUCUCCCCCGAGUACCUCCAAGGCGUGUGUGUACGUCUUUUCAGCAGCCAGAUGAGGCAGAGCGUGGCACAGAGCGUAGACUUUACCAGGCCAGGAACAGGAUAUUACUCUAUGAGCCCGUAUGAUGAUGGAUAUGCUUCCUCAAUGCUCCGAGCUUCCAUAGCACCACAGAGGCCCAGGGACGUGCCGUUGCUGCCCUCCCUGGACUAUGAGAAGCUGAAGAAAGACCUAAUGAAUGGCUCUGAUCGACUGAAAGCUCUUCUGCUCCAGGCUCUACGCUGGAGGUUGACGCGAUCUCUUCCUGGUGAACAGAGGGACACGGUGCUGCAGGCUUUCAUCAGUAAUGAUCUUCUGGAUCGGUACAGCUCAAAACAGAAAACCGUGCUCCACUUGAUGAAAUCAAAGAAUGAAAUGGUCAGACAGUACACAGCUCGCCUCAUCAAUGCAUUCGCAUCCCUCUCUGAAGGGCGUAUGUACCUGUCUCAGAUCCCCUCUCUGUUAAGUGUCUUGGUAGAUUCUCUACAGUCUGAAGACAAGGAUUCAGUGACCAGGGAGAACGUCCUGGGAGCGUUACAGAAACUCAGCCUCAGACGGGCCCAGCAGUCUGCCAUGAUCCAGGUCGGGCUGAUCGGUUGGUUGGUGCAGGAGCUACAGGAUUCAGACUGUCUCUCUGAUUAUACGCUGGAGUAUGCAGUGGCCUUGCUAAUGAACCUCUGUUUGCGCACUCAGGGUAAAAGGAAGUGCACAGAGAAGGCCAAACACGUCCUGAAGGUUCUUACAGACCUUUUGGGACACGAAAAUCAUGAGAUCAGGCCUUAUGUGAAUGGGGCCCUUUACAGCAUCCUGUGCGUCCCGGAGGUGAGGGAGGAAGCCAGAGAAAUGAGUUUGGAGGAGAUCCUGAGAUGUUACAGUAAAGAAGAAAACCUAGAGCUAAACAGACAGAUUGAAUUUAUCAUCAAACAGCUCAACUCAGUGGAGACGACUGAAGACGGGCCUGAAUCCGACGACGAGGAGGAAGACGAUGACGAUGAGGAAGAUGCCAUGGAAGCAGAUCUGGAUAAAGAAGAGAUUCUCCAAUCCCAGCCUCAGGAGCUCUCUGGAGAAUCUUUACUUACUACGGAAUACUUGGGGAUCAUGACUAACAUGUUGAAGGUGAAGAGAAGAUCAGCACCUCCAUCCUCUCAGAGUGUGGAUGAACCUCUCCAAAGGCCGGUUACUCCCAGUUCUCACAGAAACAUCAAUACGGAAUCCCGAGGGGGCAGCGAUAGGGCCUAUGCCCUCAGCAGACAGAGGAGUCAAGAGAGCCUUCCCCAGUCCCGUCUCAACUCCCGCCCCCCGACCCGCACAGGCAGCCGACCCAGCACCAGCAAUUCCCUUCCUCACACCCUAGACUCCGAUUGCUGGCGUUCCUCCCAAGAAUCUGGGCUG